AAAGCUAUACAGUGGCUGCUAUGUCUUGAGAACAAGAUGGAAUUAUCAAUGGCUGAAAGAUAACCCUAAAAGCGAGUAUAUUUGACUACUGAAAGUGCAUGUUAUUUUCAGUCUGCUUGUAUAAUGCUUGUAUCGGACUUGAAAGACAAUAUUUUCAUUCAUGAUAUUGAGUUGUCAGUCGGCAUCGAAGAAACGCUGCAUUGCAAGUAGGGUAUUUGCACUGAGGAUAAAUGCAGGGUAGCCUAUUUGUUUACCAUUCGAAGCUAUUGUAAUAUUGUUUCAUUCAUGGACACCUUUACAUCCGAUUGACAGCUAUUAACUAGGCUUUUGCGCUGGUUCGGAGUCUUCGACCGUAUGACUACAAUAUUUCGACGAGCAGGACAAAUAUUGACAUUGAACAUAGCCCCUCAAGCCACUGCUUAAAUGGCUUCAAUGGUCGGCUUUUUCAGUGGUCCAGAGGAACUGGAAGAUGUAAAUCACGCUAGGGGCUUGAUUAAAGAGCUGAAACUAUUCUACGAUUCUCAGCUCCUCGCGGACAUUGCAAUCGAAGUGGAAUGCGACUACGCGACCCUAGAGGUUGACAAAAGUGACCAAAUAAAAGUUUUUUUUUGCAACCGUAAUAUCCUUGCUGCUGCCAGCCCGUACUUCAAAAGCAUGUUUACCGGCGGGCUCAAUGAGAGUAUGCAGGAUAAAGUGUUGAUUCGUGGCGUGGAUGCUGAGUCGAUGUCACUGAUAAUAGAUUACUGCUACACAGGCAAAGUGACCAUCUCUGAGGGGAAUGUUCAGAAGCUCUACGCAGCCGCCAAUAUGCUUCAGCUUGACUACAUCAGCAAGGCAUGCACUAGUUUCAUGACCCGGAGAUUGGACCUUUCGAACUGCGUCGGGAUCUUAAAAUUUGCUGACACUUAUGACAAUAAAGAUUUAAAGGCUAAAUCACAGGCUUUCAUAGCUAGAAACUUUUUCCAGCUCAGCACUAGUGGUAAGGAAUUGUGUGAGCUGGACCUGAGACAGAUGAAGGAAAUGCUGUCAUUAGACACACUUGAUGUGGACUGUGAAAGGAAGGUGUGCUCAGCUGCCCUACAGUGGAUUGAUGCAAAUGCACCUCAAGAGACAGAGGAUGCCUUGCAGGUGCUCAUGUGUGUGCGCUGGAGCUUGUUCACAGAAAAGGAUCAAGCUUACUUCAACAGCAUCAAGGUAUCCCCCAGCCUGGAGAAAUACAUUGGGCACUUAAUGGGUGGGGCCGCAGAAGAGGAUGGAGUCCCCAUGAAAGCCGGCAUUGACGGCCUCAAACCCAGGAUAGGCACGAGUGCCAAAGAGAUGAUUCUCUUCUUUGGUUUGCCGAAUGACAACAUAAUGUGCUGCGACCCUUUCUCAGAGGAGCUCUACUUCAUGGCUCCCCCUCUGGUGAAUCUGAGCAGCCAGGACUACAAACGAUUUACCAUGGAGUCUCUGAUGGCCUGCGCCACGCCUGAUAAUACACUAUACCUGGCCUCCCACCUUUCCAAACACUUCUGGGUCUAUAACCCUCUCCUGAACAGUUGGCAGGGCCUGGCCGAGAGGCUCGUGGGGAGGGUACAUUCAGGGAUGGGCUACCUCAGUGGCCACAUUUACAUCCUGGGGGGCAGGAACUCUGCCACGGAUACCAGACUGAAGGAGGUGGAGUGUUACAGUAUCCAGAGAAACCAGUGGACCCUGGUAGCCCCCUUGCCCCACUCCCUGGGCAAGAUGCAGGUUGUGGCGGUAAACGACCACCUGUACGUGGUCAACAAACGGAGGAUGCUCUGUUACGACCCCAAGAAAAACCGCUGGCGACACUGUGGCCCCCUUCGGAGAGACAAGUUGCACAAGGCCUGUGUGUUUGAAGACCAGAUAGUCUGUGUGUGUGACAUCCCAGUGGUAAAGACCUAUAGUCCUGCCAGAGGAGAGUGGAAGAGGCUGGGGGAUAUCCCUAUUGACAGCCGGGCCCUGAAUUACCAGGUGAUACAGCACAAAGGGAAACUUCUGCUUCUAACUCAGACACUACUGCAGCACAACAAAAACAGGGUCCUCAUACACGAGUAUGAUUCUGCUAAGGAAAGCUGGAAGAACGUCAUGGCCGUGUACGUCUCCUCGCUGGGUCCCGUGUGCGUUUCGACACGCUUGUACUCGGUGUGUUUGGGUUCAGCCCAGAGCUUUGCCACAGAGGAGGAUGACGACAGCGGAUCUAGUGCUGACUGGGAUUUUGACGGGCUGACGGAUGCAGACUCAGACUCCGGUAGCUCAAGUUCCUUUUCUGAUGAGAACUGGUAGUCUCUGUGGCCUGGGAGAUGCAAUUGCAUGAAAGGGAAACCUUUCAACAUUUAACCUCACCUAAAUUCUGGAUUUCUAUACAAAUGGAAACACAUCGAACAGUUGUAUUAUCCCAGGUGUGAGGAAACUGGUAUAGUCUUAUGUAUAUGUAUACAGAUAAAUCAGGGGAGAUUAAGGAAGAAGAAUUGACCAGAAGUCCCUUUUUAUGACUACUCUACACUGAAGGCCAUUUUCCAUACACAGCCUGGUUGGAUGAACAAUCAUACCAGUGGGUAUUUUCAAUUGUAAAAAACUUAGGAAACCAGGAAGACUAGCUUGAUGUUGUGAGCUCACAUUCUGUUUUACUAAAACAAACUUGAGAGCAGUGCUCAGUUGGAAACAAAACAGGCCAGGCUCAACUGUCAUGACAUAAAAAUUCUUGCGAAAGCAGACCCCAGAAACCACAAUGAUUUCACAUUGAAACUUUCCCAAUUUACAGAUGCAUUUUUUGUUGCUGUGACUCUUUUUGUUUGUUUAGUUAUUCAACUUAAAAAAAAAAAAAAAAAAAAAAAAAAAAAUGUAUUCUGUGCAGGCCACUAUAAGUAUUUUUACUUGUGGUCUACAGUUGCAGAGGUGAAACUGACAGCGUCAACGCAAUAAAACCGUGCACUAUACUGCCUCAGGUUAAGGUUAAGUAAUAGCCAUGACAACAAAUAAAGUUUCAAGGAAAUAUUUUAAUAUUUUUUACAUUGUGAAUAUCAUUCUAGUAAUAUUGAUUUGAUUACGUUUUAUUGUUUGUAUUUUAAGUUAAAUACUGGAGUGUAUUUGAAAAGAAUUACUGAAAAGGAAGACCUUGUCUUGUACAGUAAGAGUAUUCAAUGUAAUUCACUGUUGUUUGAGAGUUAACUAUUGUCAGGAAGGGUUGUGGUUGUUGAAGUAGGCCUACUAUGAAACCAUUUGCACUUAUAACAUUCACACAUGACCACACAGUGUUUUAUUUGGCUGAUAUUCUAGAUCUAGUCAUGCUAGGAAUAACAAUGAAUAGAUUCUCCUUUCCUCCCCAGUUUUAUUUAGUAGUUGGCCAAUGUAUUCCACAUUAAUUUAGGAGGUAAUUAUUCAAUAUCUUUAAUUUAUAUUCAGGACCUUAAAAGUGUUGGGAUGGUUUGACAUUGAUCAGCUGCACGGACGGCUUUGUGUCUGAUGAUACAAUACCGUGGAUGAUACGUUCGUUUACAUACAAGUCUAUCUGGAUAAAUAAACUGUUGAUCCU